UUCUAUCUCUAAACUCUUUUCUUCUCGAUAUGGAAAACAAAUCUAUAACCCCGCAAAACACGACACGCCGAUUCGAGUUCCAAUAUCUCAUCCAUAUAAGAACUACUCGAAGACUCCUGAUCAACCAUGGGCCCAUCUAGGUAACGGGAAUUUGAAGACGCUGCAUACUUCCAAAAAUGCCGUUCCACAAGCUUUAUUACAACUCACCACACAUUGUUCCCAUCCAAUCAACAAAUUUACGAACCAUCUUAGACUUCCUAAUUUGCUUUACAACAUUUCCAUGCAGCCUAGACUUGGAUCUCCAGAAUCGAGGACGUUCUGGAAUCCAACAAUUUUCUCUCUGCCAUACUGGGCAAAAAAUCAGUAUUUGAUCGUGAGCAUGGUGUACUUAAAGGACCGCGGCUAUCGAGUCAAUGUUUUGUGCGAAGCAAACAUUUGUCACCCAAGGACCGAAAUCGGUGGAGGUGUUCAAGAAAAAGUCUGUACGGAUGAGGAUAUCGAAGUUCUCGGCAGCAAUGGAGGGCUGCGAUGUGAGAAUACACCUAUUGAAGUGAAUGUCCCUCCCACCCCAGCAGAAAGUUGCCAAGGGAGUCAGGAAGGGCUCGCCGAUAUUCCUGGCUUCCAUGAUCCUAGGAUCUUCUACUCUGGAAGAGGAGAGCCAGUAUUGAUGGUAUCUUCUCAGUAUGCUUCUUUGCACAUUCUUUUUCCAGAUCCUGGCCACUAAAUCAUUGCUAGGUCGCGAUAUGCUUGCAUCGGGUUAUGGUCUAUUGAUCUUCGUUCCGUAUACUCUGAACUGGAGGAAGUUUUUUCAUCUUCACCGAAACGUUUUGGAGGACCACUGAAAUCUUAUCCAGUCUUGACCGAGUUAACAAGAAAUCCACCAGAAACUCGAAGAUCAUACGAGAAAAAUUGGUUUACAUUCUCGCCUACUCCCUCCUCGUCAUACAUCCAUUAUGAGUUGACUUCGUCAACGCGCACUUUUGCAAAACUGAUUGGUAGUGGUCUCACAACAACUAACUUGACAGACCCAAACGAGAUUUCCUGUCUCAUCGAUGCAACACCAGAGGAGAUUAGACUCAACAGAUACAUGGCAAACGCUACUUGGCACCAGGCUACACCUGCAUUGAAAUUAAUUCUUUGUACUAGAAAUAAUUCUACCUGUAUUUCCGAGACUCCAGAUACAGUAUUCAUUGCAGCCAUUCAUCGUAAACACAAAAACGUUUUGGGUCUGCCAAUACGAUACGAAAGAUACUUCGUUAUGUGGGCAGCAAAGCCACCUUUUAGUAUGUUAGCCAUGAGCCAACACCCUAUUCUAUUUUCAAACGAAACAACCACCGGCUGGACCGCCGAGGAAAGUUGGACCGAUGUUCCAGAAGCUUUGUCGGAAGGUCGUGGAUUUUGGGCCAAGCUCACUUAUACCACUACUAUUGCAUAUGCUUGGAGCAAAGACGACGGGGAUAUAAGAGAUAAAGGUGUUGGAUUUUUGAAUGAUGAGAUCAUUCUUAGUGUGGGUGUUGAUGAUCAUGAUCAGGUUUAUGGAAGAGUUCCUGUGUCUGAGUUAUUGCAGUGUUUGAGAAUUUGUCCUGGAUUGCUAUAAGGCGGAGCACAUAAACCAUCCAAAAAAAUUUCAGAUAUAAAAAUCGAUUAAUAUGAACUAUGUAGUUUCAUAAUAGGGAUUCGAGGGAGACAAGGAGAAAGAGAAUGGCGGAUUUGCAGAAGAUGGAUGAUUCAUGCAUAUGGAGAUGGGAAAGGCACGAGUAGUGCCACUAUACGCCUGUUUGUUGUCUUGAAAUAGGCUAUUUAUAGAAGACUUACGAUUCACAUCUCAUAAUGGCAAUUUUUCUACUGGAUGUGUAAAUAGGAUUAGAUAGUCUCAAAGUUGAUCGACAACAUAUACGGUAAACAAUGCAUCAUCACCGGUAAAUGACAAAGCUGAGCGACUCGGGGAUACAAAUAACAGUCAUAUCUUUGGUAAUUAAUAUUUAAUUACUGAAUAGGGGUUCAGAAGUUCGGCGAAGUUGCGGUCGGAAAAUUUUAUAAUUUAUAAAUAUUUAGAAUAUAAAAGAAAGAGUCUAGAAUCGUCGGUUCUUUUUUUUU